AUGUCAGGGUGGAGGUGGCUUUUUAUUAUCGACGGAAUUAUUACCCUCGGAAUCGCAUUCUUUGGUUUCGUCAUCUUCCCCGAUGUUCCAUCUCGCAAGAAGCCCUUCACUCUUACGGGCGCCGACUUCAAGAUUGCACAGAAGAGAGUAGCAGGCUCAAGUACCCCACCUCAGCUCCAGCUAUCAGCAAGCAUUUUCAAGCGGGUGCUUGGUCGGUGGCAUUUCUAUGCGUUCGUCACCUUGUGGACCCUGUUUGACAUGAACUUCGUUCCUGGAGGACAGCCGUUUUCCCUCUAUCUCCGUGCGAACAGCCCAAAGCUCUACUCCAUCGUUGAGGUCAACACCCUGCCGACAAUCACGUCUGCAAUUAUGAUAGUUGCUGCCCUCAUUGCCGGAGUUGCGGCGGACCGACUCGGCGAGUUUUGGAUUCCCGCCUUCGUAACAACAAUCCCCGUGUUCGUUGGAAUGAUCCUACUUAACGUUUGGGACGUGGGCGAGAGCGGUAGGCUAGCCGCCUUCAUGCUACAAGGGUUUAUUGCUCGUAAGUUCUUCCUCAACAUCGUUCCGCCGUGA